AUGUUUGCUACUCUACGUAGUAUCCAUGAUGAGCAGAGCCGAGAAGACAGAACCACAACAACAACAACAACUGUGAAGAGAGGAAAAGAAGAUGUGCCGACGAUGCGGCAAUUGCGAUUGGCGUUAUUUGCGGCGAUGGCCUCCAGUGAAUCUCAAUUGGCACGAUUGCAUGAAGAACGUCUGAAAGAGAAAGAACAACAACAACAACAACAAACAGCAGAUGUACACUGCAAUGUAAAAAGUAAUAAUAAUAAUAAUAAUAAUAAUAAUAAUAAUAAUAAUAAUAAUAAUGGACGUGAUGGCAUUCCACAGACUUUACAGAGACACUUGCAGGCGAUCACCUGUGAGUCUAUGCGUAGUUGGCAAUCCCGCAAACAAGAAAAAGAAAAAGAAGACGUAAUAGAUGGAAAGAGUGAUGUAUUGAUGAGUAGUGAAGAAGAUAUCGCUCAGUUGUUGUGGAUGAAUCGUACAAUGGCCAUUGGGGCAACUAUGUCUACAUUAAAUGAUAUUAAACUCCAUGCUAAGAAAGUCCAUACAGUAGUAACCUCAUCAUCAUCAACAUCUUUAUUAUUAUUAUCAUCAUCAUCACAAAGAGAAGAAGAGAAAGAAGAAGAAGAAGAAGGACGAAGAAAAGUAUAUCGAGGAGUAGUAAAUAUGCAAGAAACCAUUCGAUCUCUACAGCAAAGUUCACCAGCAUUGCGGGCGUUAUUAAUUUCUCCAUCUACACAGAGGAAUGAAAUAGCAUCACAGUCUGAAAUUAUUUCUAGUCCAUGUUUGCCAUCUUCACAAGGAGAGAUGCGAAGUAAACGUUCACGCGUGAGGGAUGAUGAAGGGGAAAUAAAUACAAAUAAGAAUGAGGGAGGAAGAGUACAUAAACGACCAUUUGCAUUAGCUGUAAAGAUUGAUGGAAGAGUUUUCCAUCCACAACAGAAUACGCGAUCAGAUAUAGUGGAAACAACAGGGACUCUCUCUCAACAUCAUAAUAAUAAUAAUCAACAACAACAACAAGAACAAAUAGAAUAUGAACAGAGAAAACCAAAACAGAAACAACAACAACAACAACAACAACAACAAUUCUCUGAUAUCCCUCUAUAUGGAGGUAGUGUUUCAUCCCAUCCAAAGUCUCAAAUGACACUUAACGUUGAUAGUCGUGGAAGACUUUGUUUAAUGCAACCCUCAACUUCUUCAACCUCUAGUCAUUUAAAUAGUAUAUUGAGACAUUCAUCCAAUACACCUGUUGUGGGCCAUACAAAUACAUCCACACCGUUAACAAUGAAUUCAUCCUCUUUUACUAUUAAACGUACACAACAACAACAACAACAACAACAACAACAAUGGACUGGAGAAUGGACUACUACAACAGAUUCAUCUGAAACUCCUGCUAUUGAAGAGAAUCCACAUGAUAUAAAGAUUAAAGAAAAUCGAAGUUGGAAUCCUUCAAUAGGGAAUAAUAGAAAAGGAGGUAAAGGAGAUGUGGAAAGUAGUAAAUCAUCUAAUAAUACUAAUAAUAAUAAUACUAAUACUUCUGCUGCUGCAGGAAAUCCCAGCGGUGGAUUCAUCACUGCAGGAGAACAAUUAGUGGCAGAUGUAAAGGCUGGACGGUCUAUGCCAUCUGGUCUUUCACUACAAAGACGAACACCCGCUUUGGGUUUACGUCGAUCGGGAUUCACACCGCCUUUUCAACAACGACAACAAUUAUCACCUCCUCCACAGAGAAGUGGUGAUGGUCCAAAUGGAAUUACUAAUAUUAAUAAUAAUAGUAAUAGUACAGUAACGACAGUAUCUAAUGCGGUUCCCGUGAAUGAAGUUUUGAGUUCUAUUAGCAGAAACCCAAAGAAUGCUCAUGAUCCUGUACGAGGGGCACGUGGUAAUAAUAAUAAUAAUAAUCAUAAUCAUAAUCAUAAUAAUAAUCAUAAUAACAGUAAAGGAGGAGGAGGAUGUGAUGAUAGUGAUAGUGAACGGGGAGAUUACCCGGCAUCUCUACUUCUCCCUGAUGGAUCUGUACCGCCCAUUUUACUCCCACUGGAUCCAAAAUUAGUAACACAAGUGGCAAUGGAGAUAUUGGAACAUGGAGCCGGUGCGGCUAAUGUUGGUUGGGAUGAUAUUGCCGGACUUGAACAUGCCAAGCGAAGUGUGGAAGAGGCAAUUGUUUGGCCGUUAAGACGACCGGAUUUAUUUGUUGGUUUACGAGAUCCUCCACGUGGUUUAUUAUUGUUUGGACCUCCUGGUACAGGGAAGACGAUGAUUGCCCGUGCAAUUGCAAAUCGUGCACAGUGUACAUUUUUAAAUAUUAGUGCUUCUUCUCUCAUGUCUAAAUGGAUGGGAGAUGGUGAGAAAUUAGUACGGUGUAUGUUUGCUGUAGCUACAGUUAAACAACCAAGUGUUAUUUUUAUUGAUGAAAUUGAUUCUCUUCUUUCUAUGCGUGGUGAAGGGGAAAUGGAUUCUGUACGUCGAGUGAAGACAGAGUUUCUGGUUCAAUUAGAUGGAGUGGCCACUGAUCGUGGAGAUCGUGUUUUACUGAUUGGAGCCACUAAUCGACCAGAUGAAUUAGAUGAAGCCGCACGUCGACGUAUGGAGAAACGAUUGUAUAUUCCUCUUCCUGAUAAUGCCGCUCGAGUGGAACUUGUGAAGAGGCUUCUACACACAAUGGAAGAACAACAACAACAACAACAACAGACACAGACACAAUUACAACGUUCAGAGAAUGGGGAAGAAGAAGUAAAGGGAGUUGUAAACAUAGUUCAUGCACUUAACGAAGAUGAGAUUGCAGAGAUUGCGGCCGUAACGGAAGGGUAUUCCGGUGCGGAUCUUAAGCAAGUCUGUCGAGAAGCCGCCAUGGGGCCACUGCGAGAAGUAACCAUGCGACUCACAGAUGUUACGUUAAGUGAUUUGCGGCCUAUUCAACGAAAAGACUUUAUGCAGGCAUUAAAACGUAUUCGGCCAAGUGUUGGAGUUUCAGAGGUGACACGAUAUGUGGAGUGGAAUGAACAGUUUGGGUCUUUUACCACCCAAGGGGAAGAAGCCACAGAAGAGGAGUAG